AUGCGUAAAACAUUAGAUCGACAAGCUGCUGUUUCUCGUAUGAAAGUUAGUUUUAAAAAGAAACAAAUAGAACAAGUGAUUGUCGAUUAUGCGAACGAUGGAAAGUAUGGUCCAUAUAACGAGCUUUUGAAUUUAUUAAAGGAUAAACAAAUAUCUGAUAGAAAUUUCAAAAUCCUUUUUGAGGACUGUCUAUCCUGUGUUGUUUACUUCAAAAACGAUUGGAAAUUAUUUGUUGAGCUAUUGUGUGGGAUAGAGUGGAUCAAUCGGGGGCCGGAGUUGGUAGAUGUUUAUAGUAAAUUCAUAAUAAAUCUGGUUGUAACUCAUACUUACCACUGCCAAAAGGUUAUGACCGCACUUGUUAAUCUAUUCAAAGAUGAAGGUGAGAAAUGGGAUGAUCAACCCUCGGAUGACCAAUUGAGGCAAUGGUCUCACAUCCACUCUUUAAUUGCACAGAUUGUCUCAUUAAUACCAAUGUCCAGUAACAUCCUAAUGCCUACAGUGAUGGAGAAUUUUCCAUACUAUAAAGCGGGUUCUUAUGCUAACAGAGCGUACAUACACAACCUUAUUUGGAUCACUAGGUAUAUACCUGCUCUUAAGGAACAAAUUAUGUACACAAUUAUACAUAGAAUGAUAGAAAUGGAUGUCAACAUAGUGGAUGGAAAAGAUAAAACAGCACAAAAAAUAGACAAUGCAAACGAAGAGACAAGCGAAACAUUGGAUUAUUGUAUGCUAGAAGUAUUAAAAUGGUUAGAAGAUGAGCGAGAAACAGUCCUACUUAUAUUCUGUAAUGUUUUUGAGAGGAUUAUACUUAGAACUUAUGGUAUAAGAUACGUCCAAUUUCUUUUGUUAUAUACAAUAUCAAUAAAUCAACAAUGCGCAGAUAGAAUCUUCACCAACCUAUGGACAAUAACAGCUGGCAUACACGGUGUGGGGCCUGGUGCCUUAACUACUCGGAAGACGGCUAUCAGCCACCUCGCAGGGUUACUAGCUCGGUGUAAACGCAUACCUAAUUCAAGACUGGUGCACUAUUUGAAGACGAUGUCGGACUGGUGUCAUGGAUACAUUAUAGCUACACAAGAAACGUCAUCGCACGACAACACAAAAGUUCAUAGUGUCUUUCAUGCGGUGUGUCAUGCAAUAUUUUAUUUGGUUGCCUUCAAGCAUAAUCAUCUAUUUAGGAAUAAAGAAGGUUUUAACUUCAUAGAAUCCCUCAACUUAGCAAGACUAGUUACUUGUCCAUUAAACCCACUUCGGACCUGUCCACCUCAAGUGACCAGAGCAUUCUCCUCUGUGACCAGAUCUCACCAGGUUGUCUAUUGUCAGGCCAUUAUCGAGAAGAAUGCAAGAUAUUCUAUACAUAAUAGCGUGGAGUAUGAUGAAUGGUUUCCUUACGAUCCUUAUACGUUACCGAAAUCAGGCAAAACAAUAUGGCCGCUAUGCAUAGAGUACAGUGACUGGCUGAAGGAAGGUGAUGAUGAUACACAGUACUCAAGCCGAAAAAGAAAACUUGAUGAAGAUGAUGACUUUUUACAAGUAGCACCCACUCCUAGGCAAAGAUUAUCCAGUUCCUUAUCAAAUUGUAUCACCCCAGGGUUCAAAUCCAGUGAGACUAUUGUUAUGUAA